UCAAUUGACUUUUAACCGACCUGAAUGUGAACUGACAGCACAUAAAUAAGUGGCACGUUGUGGUCGUUGUCAGCACAAGUGAGGUGUAACAAUGUGACGUGCCUGUCCGUAGCUCAUAGACCACGUAUUCAGCGUAGCAGCUCGCCGUGGACUCUCCAGCGUGUGCGCGUGUUUUGCUGCCAGCCGUCAUCACAACAGCUUUGACAUUUAUUACUGCGAGGCUGGCAUAAAGAUGGCAUCAAUGGCAGCGGCGCACGAGCCAGGUAUACGCCCGGGCUCCAUACCGCUGGCCGACGCCUUAGUCCCCGCGAGUAUAUUUGCUCCGGACCGGGGAGGAUGCGGGGACGACGCCGAGGACGAGUGCUUCGACGACGGAGACAUGUUCAACGGCGAGCUCGAGGAGCGCGGGGUCGACUUCACCAACAAGCUGGCACUUGUUAGCCCAAAUGGAGAGCAGUAUGACUCGUUACUUCACCAGCUACGGGACCGAAUGGAAGAGGGAUGUGGAGAGACCAUCUACGUGGUCGGGAUGGGCUCAGACGGUGGUGACUGGGGUCUGGAGGAGAAGGACAUGGAGGCCUCAGCAGCCACAGUGCGCUCCAUGUGUGAGCAAGUGGAUGCCGACCUUAUUACUCUCCGAGAGCGGAAUGAGGCUGCGGGUUUGGUUCGUGACUAUCUGAUCCGACGACGUAUGGGUGAGCUGGACUUCCUGGAGGUCAGGGUUGCAGUCGUGGGUAACGUGGAUGCUGGUAAGAGUACUCUGCUGGGAGUGUUAACGCACGGAGAGCUGGACAAUGGCAGGGGCUUUGCCCGCCAAAAGCUCUUCAGACACAAACACGAGAUGGAGAGUGGCAGGACCAGCAGUGUGGGCAACGAUAUCCUGGGGUUUGACCAGGAGGGACAGGUGGUAAACAAGCCAGAUAGUCACGGAGGAAGCCUGGACUGGACCAAAAUCUGUGAGAAGUCCUCCAAGGUCAUUACCUUCAUCGACCUGGCUGGCCAUGAGAAAUACCUCAAGACCACUGUGUUUGGGAUGACCGGACACCUGCCUGACUUCUGCAUGCUCAUGGUGGGCAGUAACGCAGGUAUCGUAGGGAUGACCAAAGAGCACCUGGGCCUGGCUUUAGCCCUGAAUGUGCCUGUGUUUGUCGUGGUGACUAAGAUAGACAUGUGUCCAGCCAACAUCCUGCAAGAGACAUUGAAGCUGCUCCAGAGGUUACUGAAGUCCCCCGGUUGUAGGAAGAUCCCCGUGCUGGUUCAGAACAAGGACGACGUCAUAGUCACAGCUUCAAACUUCAGUUCGGAGAGGAUGUGCCCCAUCUUCCAGAUCUCCAAUGUGUCUGGAGAGAACAUGGACCUUCUCAAGAUGUUUCUCAACCUGCUCUCCUCCAGGACGUCCUACCAUGACGACCAGCCUGCUGAGUUUCAGAUAGACGACACGUACUCUGUACCGGGAGUGGGAACAGUAGUGUCAGGAACAACCUUACGGGGACUCAUACGCCUGAAUGACACAAUGCUACUAGGGCCAGACCCCUUGGGCAGCUUCAUCCCCAUUGCUGUCAAAUCCAUCCACCGCAAGAGAAUGCCUGUGAAGGAGGUCAGAGGGGGCCAGACUGCCUCAUUUUCCCUCAAAAAGAUCAAGCGUUCGUCCAUAAGAAAGGGCAUGGUAAUGGUUUCCCCGAGGUUGUGCCCGCAGGCUACUUGGGAGUUUGAGGCUGAGAUCCUGGUACUGCAUCACCCGACCACGAUAUCCCCCAGAUACCAGGCCAUGGUCCACUGUGGCAGCAUAAGGCAGACCGCCACCAUCUUGUCUAUGAACAGAGACUGCUUACGGACAGGGGACAAGGCUUCGGUCCACUUCCGCUUCAUCAAAACCCCAGAGUACCUGCACUGCGACCAGAGGCUGGUGUUUAGGGAGGGACGGACCAAGGCUGUGGGCACCAUCACUAAGCUGCUGCAAUCCACCAAUAAUUUACCAUCCAAUUUUAAACCUCCACAAAUCAAAAUGCAGUCUACAAAGAGGGCACCGCCGCGAAAAGAGGACGGCACCAUGGCAGCCGACGAUGAAGUAGCAACGAUAGCACAGUCGGCAACACAGUCGGGAGAGGGAGAUGAGGAGCCUCAGAUAAAAGAGGGCAACAAAGAGAACAAGCCAAAGACUGGAGGAGGUGGGAGGAGGAGAGGUGGCCAGAGGCACAAAGGAAAAGGCCAGAACAGCAGCACCACCUCCACAGCGGCUCCCUCCUCAGGAAUCGGAGGUUCCUAAGCUGCUCUGUUGUCCCUCCCUCUCUGCAGUCACCCCACCAAGCGUCUUCAUUCCACAAACCCUGAAGGAUAGAGAUGUUUGGAGUGAGACACUCCUUCGUCUCCAGGUCCUACAUUUUAUUUAUGGAUUUUAUUUUUUUGUAAAAAGGGAACACAAGGAUGUACGUCCCAAACCAAAAUACACCUGCAAUGCAUUUUAACAUUGGCUGCCUUUUACUAUUUUGAAUGGUCUGGGUGAUGGGAAGCAGUGUGAUAUGAGGUUGGCCUCACUAAGGAUGAUUUAUUUAAUUGUACGCAUAUUUGACGAGUCUAUGGAAUCUACUCAUUCCUCUGGCUCAAUGUCAGUGGAAGGGAGGCUAAACCCCAAACAAGAAUCCAGUACCAAUAUGAGCAGCUCUACCUGAAGCUCCCAAUGCAUUCCGAAAAACAAUUAAAUGUACUAUUAAUACUGCAUAUGUAAAUUAGAUGUUAGUUGUGCUCCGAUUGGAAAGAUUCCAUUGUACAAAAUGUAUGCAAAUAAUAAAUGAAUGUAGCAGAA